AUGAGCAUCACGAGGGCCUCCAAUGACCAUACCGAGAAGCCGGACGUGUCCGAGGCAGAAGGCGGCCAUGGACUUAGCGAAAAAGACCGCAUCGACGGUAUCGCGACCGCCCCCGGCACGACAAUCGAGUCUUUUGCACAUCUAGACGAGAAGAAGGUCCUCAGAAAGAUGGACGUCCGCCUUAUUCCCAUGCUGGCGCUUCUGUACCUGCUUUCAUUCUUGGACCGUGGUAACAUCGGCAAUGCCAAGAUCGAAGGCCUUCAGGAAGACCUGCACAUGUCAGAUGACCAGUACAAUUGGUGUCUCACUGUCUUCUUUUUUACUUAUGCCGCCUUCGAGGUCCCAAGCAACCUGUUACUGAAGAAGCUCAGGCCCAGCGUUUGGCUCCCCACCAUCAUGGUCGCAUGGGGUGUAGUGAUGACUCUCAUGGGCAUCGUGCAAAGCUACCACGGGCUUCUCAUUGCUCGCAUCUUCCUGGGAGUAACCGAGGCUGGCUUGUUCCCUGGCGUGGCAUACUACCUUACAAUGUGGUACUGUCGCCAUGAGAUCCAGUUCCGUCAGGCGCUGUUCUUCUCCGCAGCCUCUAUUGCUGGCGCGUUCAGCGGCCUCUUGGCCUUCGGUAUCUCAAAGAUGCACGGUGUUGGUGGUUUGGAAGGAUGGCGUUGGAUCUUUAUCCUCGAGGGCAUCGUCACUGUUCUUGUCGCCGUGUGGGCAUUCUUUGCGCUGCAUGACUUUCCCGAGACGGCUUCCUUCCUUUCAGAAGAGGAGCGCGCCUUCGUCGUUUUUCGUCUCAAGUACCAGAGCCAGAUCCAGGGCAAGCAGAUCGGCCAGGUCGCUGUUCCCGAAGCCGAGGAGUUCAAGUGGAGAUAUGUCGGCGAUGCCUUCAAGGACUGGCAGAUCUGGGUCAACAUCUUCGUGUACUGGGGGAUUGUCUGUCCUCUUUACGGUAUCAGUCUAUUUCUACCUACAAUUAUCCGCAAUCUUGGAUACACAUCGAGCACGGCGCAGUUGAUGACCGUCCCGAUUUACGUCACCGCUGCGAUUCUGGCGGUCAUCAUUGCCUACAUCUCCGACAAGGUCGGCAAGCGGAGCCCCUUCAUCGUGGGCUUCUUGUGUGUGAUGAUCGUCGGCUUCUCCAUGUGUUUGGCCUCGGCCAACCCCCGCGUUGUCUAUGCAGGUGUCUUCAUCGCGGCCUGUGCCAUCUACCCAGCAUUUCCAGGUGUCAUUACUUGGCUGGCGAACAACUUGGCCGGCAGCUACAAGCGCAGUGCAGGCAUGGCCAUCCAAAUUGGUGUUGGUAACCUCGGCGGCGCUAUGGCGUCGAACUUUUAUAGAGGAGAAGACUCGCCUCGUUACAUCCUCGGGCAUGCGCUCGAGAUUGGUUUCAUCUGCGCGGGCAUUAUCGCAGCAUUGAUACUCAUCUUCAGCUACAUGACCAUCAACAAGAAGCGCGACCGCAAACUGGCCGCAGGCGAGGACAAGACGGUGUAUGGACCCGCCAAUGUAAAUGCAAGCUACUUUCUGGUGUACACGCGGAAUAGAUAA